AUGCGCGUUGCAUCUACCUUCAUUGCGGCCCUCAGCUUGGUCACUGAGCUUGCCCAUGCUUCGUAUGUCCUGCACGACGACUACGACAUGGCUACUUUUUUCAACAGAUUCACUUUCUAUACAGAUUCUGAUCCUACCCAUGGCUAUGUGACCUAUGUGGACAAAGCCACUGCACAGAGUGCAGGACUGAUCUCCACGAACAAUGAUUCGGCUUAUAUGGGUGUUGAUCAUACCAAUGUCGCUAGUUCUGGCCGUCGAAGUGUGCGCUUGUCCAGUACGCAGUCGUACCACCAUGGCCUAUUCAUCAUUGACCUCCAACAUAUGCCUACAGGCUGCGGCAGCUGGCCAGCCUUCUGGAUCCUAGGCCCCAACUGGCCCAACGGCGGCGAAAUCGAUGUCAUCGAAGGCGUCAAUGCCCAAACCAACAACCAGAUGACUCUACACACCGGUGACGGAUGCACAAUCGAUAACUCCGGCUUCACAGGCAACCUCCUUACCUCCAACUGCUACGCCUACGCUUCGGGUCAAGCAUCCAAUGCAGGCUGCGGCAUGGAAGCCCCAACCGCCAACUCUUACGGCGCUGGAUUUAACAACAUCGGGGGCGGCGUCUACGCGACCGAAUGGACCAGCGACGCCAUCAGUAUCUGGUUCUUCCCAAGAUCAAGUAUCCCAGCCGAUAUCUCAGCCGGAACCCCUGACCCUUCGGCUUGGGGUACCCCAACUGCUCGAUUCGCAGGAAGCUGCAAUAUCGACUCUCACUUUGGUGAUAUGCAAAUUAUCUUCGAUAUAACCUUCUGUGGCGACUGGGCCGGAAACGUCUGGUCCUCUAGUCCCUGUGCCUCCCUGGCUAGCUCCUGUGUAGACUACGUCGCCAAUAACCCGUCCGCCUUUGCACACACAUACUGGGACAUCAACUCUCUCCGAGUUUACCAACAAAGCGCCGCGACCGAGAAGCACACCCGUUCCCGACCCCAUCAUGAUCAUGCCCUUCCUAGGAAGUCGUUGAGAAAUCGCCGUGCUGGUCACGGCCUUUAG